GGGGGACGCGGGCCCGCGCUGGUGGCACGGGGGGGCGGCGGCGCUAGCGGCGGCUCCUCCGCGUCCUGCUGCCCCGGGAAAGCGCUGCCUGCCGGUGGGAGAAGGCCAAGAUGGAUCCCAACAGGAUCAUCCAGGCGCUGAAGGGCACCAUAGACCCCAAGCUGCGCGUCGCCGCUGAGAACGAGCUCAACCAGUCCUAUAAGAUCAUCAACUUUGCUCCAAGUCUGCUGCAAAUCAUAGUAUCCGAUCAAGUUGAAUUUCCAGUGCGUCAAGCAGCUGCCAUUUACCUGAAGAACAUGGUGACACAGUACUGGCCGGACCGUGAGCCACCUCCUGGAGAAGCGGUUUUUCCAUUUAAUAUUCAUGAAAAUGAUCGGCAGCAGAUUCGGGAUAACAUUGUAGAGGGAAUCAUUCGUUCUCCUGACCUAGUGAGAGCCCAGCUGACGAUGUGCCUCCGUGCUAUCAUUAAACACGACUUCCCUGGCCAUUGGACAGCUGUGGUAGACAAGAUAGGAUACUACCUGCAGUCUCCAAACAGUGGGAGCUGGCUUGGGAGCCUCCUGUGCCUCUAUCAGCUGGUGAAGACUUAUGAGUACAAAAAGGCAGAGGAGCGAGAUCCCCUCAUAGCAGCCAUGCAAAUAUUUUUGCCUCGGAUUCAGCAGCAGAUGAUCCAGCUUCUGCCUGAUAACUCCCAUUACUCUGUCCUGCUUCAGAAACAAAUCUUAAAAAUCUUCUAUGCUCUUGUUCAGUAUGCAUUGCCCCUCCAGUUGGUGAAUAACCAGACUAUGACUCAAUGGAUGGAGAUCUUCCGGACCAUCAUUGAUAGAAAUGUACCACUGGAGACUUUGCAGAUUGAUGAAGAUGAUAGACCAGAGCUGGUGUGGUGGAAAUGCAAGAAGUGGGCAUUGCAUAUUGUAGCUCGUCUCUUUGAACGAUAUGGAAGUCCUGGAAAUGUAACUAAAGAAUACUUUGAAUUCUCAGACUUCUUUUUAAAAACCUAUGCUGUGGGCAUACAACAGGUUCUCUUAAGAAUCUUAGACCAGUAUAGGCAAAAAGACUAUGUUGCACCACGUGUUCUUCAGCAAACAUUGAAUUAUCUGAACCAGGGGGUGAUUCACUCUAUAACAUGGAAGCAAAUGAAGCCACACAUACAGACUAUAACAGAAGAGGUGAUAUUCUCUCUGAUGUGCUACAAAGAUGAGGAUGAGGAGCUCUGGCAAGAGGAUCCAUAUGAAUAUAUCCGCAUGAAAUUUGAUGUAUUUGAGGAUUAUGCAUCCACAACAACAGCAGCACAGAAUCUCCUUUACACUGCUGCAAAGAAGAGAAAAGAGGUAUUACCAAAAAUGAUGGCAUAUUGCUACCAGAUUCUGACAGAGCCAAACAUUGACCCAAGGAAAAAAGAUGGAGCUUUGCAUGUUAUAGGAUCCCUAGCAGAUAUUUUACUGAAGAAGAGUGUCUUCAAGGAUCAAAUGGAGCUGAUGUUACAGAAUCAUGUGUUUCCCUUGUUCAUGUCUAACCUGGGAUACCUCAGAGCUCGAUCCUGUUGGGUACUUCAUUCAUUUAGUGCUUUGAAAUUUCACAAUGAGCUAAACUUGAGGAAUGCAGUAGAGCUGGCAAAGAAGAGCCUGAUUGAUGAUAAGGAGAUGCCUGUCAAAGUAGAAGCAGCCAUAGCCCUUCAGACCUUAAUAAGCAACCAAGAGCAAGCCAAGGAAUAUGUGAAGCCUUAUGUAAGGCCAGUGAUGCAGGAGCUCCUGCACAUUGUCAGGGAGACAGAAAACGAUGAUCUCACAAAUGUAAUCCAGAAGAUGAUCUACGAGUACAGCCAGGAAGUCGCUACUAUCGCUGUGGACAUGACUCAACACCUGGCUGAAAUAUUUGGUAAGGUACUUCAGAGUGAGGAAUAUGAGGAAGUAGAGGACAAAACGGUUAUGGCCAUGGGCAUCUUGCACACAAUUGACACAAUCCUGACAGUUGUGGAAGAUCACAAGGAGAUCACUCAACAGCUCGAGAGCAUUUGUUUACAGAUCAUUGGCCUUGUUUUGCAGAAACACGUUAUAGAGUUUUAUGAAGAAAUUCUGUCCUUGGCCUUCAGCUUAACGUGCCAGAUGAUUUCACCUCAGAUGUGGCAGCUUUUAGGUGUUCUGUAUGAGGUUUUCCAGCAGGAUUGCUUUGAAUACUUUGCAGACAUGAUGCCUCUCUUGCAUAAUUAUGUGACCAUUGACACUGAUACUUUACUGUCUAACCCAAAGCAUUUAGAAAUCAUUUACUCUAUGUGUAAAAAGGUACUGACAGGAGAUGCAGGAGAAGAUGCAGAGUGCCAUGCAGCCAAACUCCUAGAAGUGAUUGUUCUUCAGUGCAAAGGACGGGGUAUUGACCAGUGUAUUCCCCUCUUUGUGGAGGCUGUUCUGGAGCGCUUGACUCGAGGAGUUAAAACAAGUGAGCUCCGUACCAUGUGUCUUCAAGUUGCCAUAGCUGCACUCUACUACAAUCCUGACCUACUUUUGCACACCUUGGAGAACAUCAGAUUUCCACACAAUCCUGAGCCCAUCACUGCACAGUUCAUAAACCAGUGGAUGAAUGACACAGACUGUUUUUUUGGACUUCAUGACAGAAAGAUGUGUAUAAUAGGAUUGAGUAUCCUAAUGGAAUUGCAGAACCGACCACCUGCAGUGGAUGCUGUGGCUGCCCAGAUUGUUCCUUCAAUCCUCCUCCUCUUCUUGGGUUUAAAACAAGUUUGCGCCUCACGAGAGCUCACAGAACACGAGGAUCAUGCUAAAGAUGAAAAACACUUUGCAGAAGAUAAUGAAGAGAUACCAAGCGAUGAGGAUGAGACAAAUGAAGUGAGCCAGGCAAUGCAAGAGAACCACAGUGGAGGAGGAGGUGGCAGUGCUGGAGCUGGAGAGGAAGAGGAUGAAGAUGAUGAUGAUGAUGACUGGGAUGAAGAUGCAUUGGAGGAGACUGCUCUUGAAGGGUUCAGCACACCUCUUGACCUUGAAAAUGGUGUUGAUGAAUACCAGUUUUUUACACAAGCACUUCUGACGGUGCAGAGCCGGGAUGCAGCCUGGUACCAUUCCCUGACCGCACCGUUGAGCGAGGAUCAGAAGAAACAGCUGCAGGAGAUCUACACAUUAGCAGAGCAUAGGAGAACUGCUGCAGAGACUAAGACAAUAGAACAACAAAGUGGCUACACAUUUGACAACAAAGGACUGAUCACAGCAUUUAAUUUUGCUGGAAAUACUCCCGGUGGCAACUGAAGGAUCGGCUACAAAGAUCAAUGGGAAGGGUCUCAUCACUACAUUUUCUUGAAAUUAUCGUGACUUCUGAGUGAUACAGGAGGGUAAUUUAAUGCAGCUGAAGGUUUUAUGGGUAAUAGUGGUGUGCUUCCCCCACCAGAGUGCUCUUUUUAACCAGCUACUGAAAUGUACAAAUUCUUGUGGUGUUUUUAUAAUUUGAUGGACUGAAAGGAAAUGUUCAUCCUCAAGGAACCUGGAUGACUGGGAGGGGCCAGGCUGCAUCUAAUUGAGUUGCACUUCUCAGGUUUUUGCUGUGCAGAAUUGAUAGAUUCAAAUGGAUAACAGUGCCUUCUGUUGUACAUGGAUUGCCUGAACAAAUGGAUUUUGGAGUGCAUUAUAAUUUUUUAAGUGUAAGGACAUUUCUUGAUACACUGUAAGCCUUGGUUCCAUGUUUUCCAAUCACCUGCUUUUUACUGCUCAGUUUACUUGUUUGUUGGUUGCAUACAAAUUGCUGGAUUCAGAAUAUUAGUACACCUUCCCAAUUUGGUGUAGACCAAAUGAGUAGAGGGAGGUGUCUGUUGGAGUUGCAGAGCAUACACUGGUUACGUCAAAGGGUCUUAACAAAAUGGCAGAUUUUUCCUUGAUGCAGUAGUCUUAAAUUAUUUUCUUAGCCAUGAAUUCAACUCGCUUGAGUUACAGUGGCUUGCCUGGCAGGUGGCUACUCUAAAUCUACAUCAAUAUUAGCUCCUUCCUGGACAAGUGGUGUGGCCCUCUCAUGUAGGUGUUCUACAUGACAGCUUUUUGCUAUUAUUGAUGAAUAUUGGAUUAUAUGUGGGAUAAUCUCUUCUGUUUUUUUUCAUUCAUUACCAUUCCAGUGGUAGUACUGAAUAAUGUGGUACAAAAUAUUUGCAAUAUUUUAUUUAUUUUGAUAGAAGAAGAACAGCUUCAAACUUACUUUUUACUGUUACACUCUGAUUGUAUUUCUGGUCUGCAUUGCAGUUGGUUAUUCUUGUUCCAUGCUGAAAUUUCUUCUGACAGAUUUUUUUCCUGAAUUUUGAAGACUGUUUUCACCGCUGGAGGUUCAGACUAGAUAUUAGGAAAAAUUUCCUUAUGGGAACCGUGGUCACACAUUGGAACAGGUUGCCCAGGGAAGUGGGAAGAAUCAACAUCCCUGGAAGUGUUUAAGCAACACGUAGAUGUGGCACUUAGGGACAGGGUUUUGCAGUGAACAUGGGGUUAACAGUUGUACUUAAUGACCUUAGAGGUCUUUUCCAACCUAAAGGGUUCUAUAGGACAAGGUGUUUGUGGAGAAUUUCAUCUAGAGAGGAAGUGAUAGCAGUACUAAUUUGAAUAGGUGCCCCUCCUUUAGGUUUACUGGGAUCGCAGUGGUGUAGCAAAAAGCAGUAGGGGUCCUUUAGAAUGUCAACUUUGGAUUGGAGAUAAAAUGUUUAGACCAGAUUUUGUCUCUGUGUUAAUUUCUUUAUGGUUUAAAAAUAUUCACCAAUCAAUAUUAAACACAUACUAAUAAUCUAUUUCUUUACAGCAGCAUCCCAAAUAAAAAGUCAAAUCCUUUCCCAUACCCCAUCAAAUUUUCCACAACUACAGUAAAUUACUACUGGCUCUGUGCAGUGCUCUAGCUUUCAUUUUGUCAUUCUGGGUGAGUCUGAUGAAUCUGAAGCACUCUGUGCCUUGGCUUCUGGAAAAGGCCAGAGGAUCUCUGCCCAUUCCUUCUGGAAUUUUCCUAGCCUGGCAGCUGUGAGGCAGAAUGUUCCCUACACUUUCCUGUUUCCUGCACCUUUUUGUCAGACUCUAAGGCUGUUUCUGUGCUGCUGCUUCCUCUUUCUUUUUUUUGCCUUCCUCUCCCCAGCAGCUACAGAGUAAAGUUGGCCUGGUUCAUGUAGGUUUUUCACUGUUGCUACUUAGUUAAUAGCAGCAGUGAAAAUGGCUCGUUUUUAGGCCUAUUGUACAUGUGGAAAGUUGUGAGAAUUCCAGGGUCUGUAUUUCCAAAAGGGAACAGUCUAUUUGAGCUGCAUUGGACAGGUUGUCUAAGGUCAAGCAGCAGAGAGCCAAGAUAGCCUUUAUUUUGAAUGUCAGGUUAUGAAAAUUACAGGUCACUUGCUAAUUUAGGCCUGGGGGUGUACUGACUGAGAUAGUACAUAGGAAAGCAAUACAUGCAGUUUGUUGGUGAGUUUAACAGAAACCACAGAAGUUUUGAAAUAAUUCAUGAAGUUAAGAAAUGGUUUUUGGAAGUUAAGGGCACUGGCGACUUUUCUCUUACCUGUCAAUUCAAGUAUUAGGCAGGUAAACUGUUUAAGCCCUUUAUUAUUUUAUUAAAAGAAACUAGAUUGUCAAGUUGGGUUUCUUUUAAAGCCCAUUUGCCUUCUCUACACUGGUGUGCAGAGUAGAAGAUGGAUUUAUUUUUCUUCUGCUAAUGAGGUUGCUUGCACAGUCACAAGCUAAUAUAUAGGAGUUGAUGUGUUCAAGGUAAAAUCUGCUUUUGCAUAGCAUCAUCUUGGUGUCACUAAGCUGAACUAUGGCUGCUCCCUAGUUCUGCUUCUUGUAUACUUUUCAAAUCAGCUGCCAAGAAAAUUUCAUCCAGAUGUUUCAUACAAGAGUUUAAUCAGCAUUGUGGAGUUGGGAAUCUUUGUUGUCUAUUUUGCACUGGGGUCAGAGAUGUCUGAGGGAAUGGCAUGUAAAAAGGUUAAAUGCCUUUCCCUUCCCAGAAGAUUCAUGAGCAAAUGUUUCUACUGGCCAAAGCAAAUGUUAAUUAUUUUAUUCUUUUUUUCUGAAAAGUGUUUUCUUCCAAAAAGAAUUACUGGGCUCUGGCCUCCACUUUAACAUAUGGUUCUCUUUUAACAUGAUAAAUACCCAUUUGUACAUGAUCAUAAAUAGGUAAUGGAUUUUAGGUGUUUCUUUCUGAGUUAUUGUCCAGCUUUGUACUGCAUUAAAGGGAGAGUAACACAAAUGUGCAUUUACUGUCUCACUUUGAAGCCGAGGUAAUCAUGGAAUAUCAGAUACCAGCACUGCCAACCAAGCAUGAUGUAUUUGCCAAUGGAAGGAUAGGGAAUCAUGAAUGUAUUGCAAAAUAAAACAAUGUCUGAUAACUGGUGAUUUAUGUUGCCCCACGCCCAUAAUCCCAAAGUGCCCAUGUGGGCACCACAGUGGCUUUACAGAGGAAAUUAGUGUUAUGGGGGUUAUAAUCAUAGCAAAUGUGAACUUACAUAAGCUACUUUUCCAGAUAAAAUUAACUGAUCCUGGGUGUUGAACUGCAUAUACUGUUUUGUCACUUGUGAAAGGAAAAUAAGAAUCACCACGUGUUUUGGCUGCCUCUUUUUGCUGUCUCUCUUUCAGCACUGAAGUACAUUGCUUGCUUUCAUUACAAAGCAGAAUCUUUAAUUACAAUUCCCAUCUCCAGGAAGAGUGCAGAAUAUCAAGCUGAGGAAAAAGGUGAAAAACCCCAAACCUCAACAAUCCCCUAAAAACCCACAUGUGGACAAUCUGACUGAAAUGAAUGUAUUUUGGGAGUAUUAAGUCAAAAUAUUUAAAGAACGUCACACAAAAUUAUAUUGUUUGCUUUAAGGAAAGCAAAUUUUGUGAGAUUCUUUGCUUUAGGGAAAACGGCUGCCUGUGGGGUGUCAGGGAGGCAUGAAAUGCUCUGGUUUAGGAUGUGCCCUCUGCCUGUGAAGUCCUGGCAGUUUGAGACUCUGGAUUCCAUCAUACAUUGUAGAUGAAAGACGGUAGGACAUUAGAGGAUUUUUUUUUUCCUUCCUACAAAACCAGAGUCUGUCUUGAGACUGUCUUGAGCCAAAGGAAUUGUAGAGAACAUUAAUGAUUUAACUGUCUUGUUUCCAGAAUACUUUUCUGUCUUUUUCUUCCCUCCUUUUCUUCUUUUGUCACCCACAAUGUUAUGGAUAUUUCAGGGAGUUUUGAAAAGCCAUGAAAAGGUAAACCUUAAACAAUUUUUAUAAAAUCUUUUUCUUGAAGGAAUGCAAUUCAUCAGUUGCAUUUCUCUCUGUAGAACAGUCUCUCAUUUGACAUACACAGAUGAUACAGAACUUCAGAAGUCCCUCACUUGUACCUGUGGUUUGAUAAGCCUCUCUGUGAUUUACUCCUUAAUAUGGGCACUUUGAAAUCCCUAUACCUUGUACUGAAAUUUGCUCAGAGGAUAAGCAAAAAUGCACUAUGUAAUGGAGUACCCAGUCCUCAUUCUGAGAUAUGCCCCAGUCAAUCUUUUGUUAAUAUUUGCCAGUCUGGUGGUCAGUUCCUCAAAGGCCUCUGUCUCUGAUUGAGGACUUUCUUCAAGUCCAAGUGGCUGUUUCUGCAGGUAGGCAGAGAAUCGAUUUUCCUCACUGCAGAAAAGCAUACAGCAGGCAUUUCUAUGAAAUUCCUGAUCUUAGGAGUGAGAAUAGCAUUCUUUUCUCUGGGAUACCAGGUUUAACCCAGGUGGGUGAGACACAGUAGAGAUGCAUGUUCCCACUGUGUUUAAGUAAGCCAGAUUCUAGAUACCAGGAAGUCUUGGCAUAAAACCAUAUAGUGAAGAGGAUGUGUGAACAGGGCAAGCUGCUUGCUUAGGACACCUCUUCCACUGCUACUAGCUUUGUUACACUAAUCAGAGAAAACCAGUGUAAAAUGAAAGAAAAUUAAAGCAGUGCUUGGGCACUGCACAGGCAGAAAGUUUCCUGGCAUGUGGAUCACUGCAAAUACAUGCAGAUACUCUUCAAAUACAAUAUGCAUCAUCUGUAUGGAUGUCAGUACCCUGACUGACAGCAGUUAAUGAGAGGUGAAGACUUAAUGUGAUUUUUCUCUGGCAGAAAUCAGAUGCAUCCCUUUAAAAUGUCUGGAAACUGCUUGUCCUUACUGAUAUGCAAUCACCAACAUGAGACACUCAGUGGGAUUACAAUCUUUCUUAAAGAUGAUCAGCAUACCUCCUAAAGAGCUACUGAAAGUGCUCUUUGUCUAGGGAGCUGGCACAUGAACUACUCUUGGAUUAGAAGAGUUUUGGGGAACACUAAUUCAGAGAGAAUCUGCAGGCAUAUGUGAUUGUGAUGAAUUGGGAAAGGAUCCAUCUAAAUUGAGGGGAUGCUUUUGAUAUGAUCGGAGAUCUGCAGCAUUCCCAAUGUUGCCCAAAGGUCUUCUAGAGCAGCAUCCAAGAACUUUGUUCCAUGCCUGCCUUUGGGAAGAGAAUGUGCUUGGGCAGCCCUAAAUUUGAUGCAGUGCUUUAAACUUGAGAUCAGAAAAAAAUUUUAGUACAAGUUGUUCGUAACAUAAAAAUAGUGUGGAAGUGGUAUAUUAGUGCUAGAAUUCUCUUUGUAGGCUGUAUAGAGGUUCACAGUUUAAGAGUUUAGCUCUGUUCAUGAUCGUGUAGGAGUUGAUGUUCCAGAUACAUGGAUUUCUCCAACAUGAAUACAACAGUGUCAGCUUCAGGAUUCACCUGAGAGAGUGUCAGGGGCUGCCUGCUGGACAUCUGGAUUAUGUUACAUGAAGUGAAGUGCAAAAACUGUGAAAAUCACUUGAUAGUUAAAGCUGUUGAGCAACAAAAAUUGUCUUGAAAUGAGAUUUUAGUAUUUUACUCAGGUAUGUUAUAAUUUUCACAUUUUGUGCCCUUAUACAAAAUGUAAAAUUACUGCAUAACAUAGAGGCCUAUUCAUUUCUCACAGAACUGUUCACCAUUGAAGGUGUUUAUCCAAGAAUUGUUCUUCAUUUUCAACAGGUUUGUUUGUGAAGUUGCACAUAUCCAUCUUUCACCACUUUUCAUGCACAGAGAUCUUGGAAAUUAACUUCACAAAAGGAAGAACAGUGCUUUGAAAAGAGAAUAUUAUGCAUAGCAGGUUAUUUUUAGAAAACAGAAGAACUAUGGCUUCUGAAGAAAAUAUGAAACCGUAAAUAUUUAUACAAGCGUGCAUGAGGUAAAGAAAUUAAUGUAAGACAAUAUAAGCAAAACUUGUUCUUUGAUCACAGCUGUAACAUUUAUUUUUCAUUGCCAAACAAUGUGUGACACUUACUUUUGAUUGCAUGUGCUGUUCAAAUAACGCCUAACAUAAAUCACAUGAAAUGUUUUGGGGGCUCAAAAAGAGACCAAAGAGGCCAUGCACAUUUCUUUUGAUACUAAAAGCAAAGACAUGAGCCCAGGACUGCUGCGACUGGAGGGAGCCUGCUAUGUGCUACAUUAGCAGAUUGAAUUGCAGGAUCAUCACCUUUGUAAAAAACCUGAAAUAUUAAACUGUGGGUUGGCUUUGAGGGCAAGAACUGACAAAUGCAAAGCAUGCAUUGGUGACAAGAAGAACCUCUUCCUAGCUUAAAGAGUUCUGUACAGUGUUCUCUUAAGCUGUGCUGAAUUUGCUUUAAAAACAGUAAUAAAUCUUAUUGCUUAGGUCGAA